UCAAGCUCCGUCUCGAUCAUGACUUCCUCCGGCUUUGACCUUUAUUUUCCUUCAGCUUCCAAGAGGAGAGUGGUUGUGCGCAGUGCAGGGUAUGGAUCGAGUGCAGGUACAGAGUCUAGGUCCGCAUACGCCCCGUCAACUUACGCGUCUUACAGAAGUUUUCCUACGAGCAGUCGAGCCGCCUCCGGUUCCUUCCUGCUCUCGACUCCGGGGUCUACGGUCGCGACCGAGCUGCGCCUCGACCAAGCAGCACAAGUCACCUCAGAAUUCAAAAGAUUGAGGACCCAGGAGAAGGCGCAGCUGCAAGACCUCAAUGAUCGCUUUGCAAGCUUCAUUGAUAGAGUGCAUGAGCUGGAGCAGCAAAACAAAUUGCUGGAGACCGAACGCCUGCUGCUCAGGCAGCGUCAAACGGAGCCGUCCAACCUGCGGGCCCUUUAUGAGCGCGAGAUCCGCCAGCUGAAUGCUGCAGUGGACGAGGCCAACCAUGAGAGACAAGCUGCACAAAACCACAGGGAGGAGAUGGAGGGUUUGCUGAAGCACCUGCAAAAACGCUAUGAGGAGGAAGUGCUCGGUAGGGAGCAGGCAGAAGGCAGGGUGAUGGACGCCAGGAAGGAGGCCGACGAAGCAGCCAUGGACCAAAGUGAACUCCAGAAAAGAGUGGAGAUCCUGCUGGACGAGUUAGCCUUCCUGAAGAGUCUCUGCGAGAGCGAAAUUGCAGAACUCCAGACCCAAAUACAGUACAGCACCGAGGUGUCCGUGGAGAUGAACGUGAUCAAACCCGACCUAUCCGUCGCCCUGCGGGACAUCCGAAGCCAGUACGAGACAUUGGCGCACCGUAACCGCCAGUCCGCAGAGGAGUGGUUCUCCAACAAGAUGAACGUGAUGGCGGUAGGCACCGCUCGCAAUACGGAGAGCGCGCGGAACGUGAAGGAUGAAGUGGGCGAAUAUCGCAGGCAGCUGAAAAGUAGGACGUUGGAGAUCGAUGCGUGCAGAGAGAUCAACCAAGCUCUGGAGAACCAACUACUGGAAGUGGAGGAGAAACAAAGUGAUGAGAUUUCUGCAUUGCAGGAUGCAAUAAAGGGACUGGAGGACGACUUGAGAGCGAACAAGAAUGACAUGGCGCGAUAUUUGAAGGACUAUCAAGAUCUUUUGAAUGUGAAGAUGGCUUUGGACAUUGAAAUUGCAGCCUACAGAAAGCUGCUGGAAGGAGAAGAGAGCCGCUUAGAUCGCUGUGGCCAGAGGUCUUCUGUGGUCUACUCUCAGACCAUGUUCGCUGGGCCUCCUCCGGGAAGGAGCCUGGUCUCCAUCAAGUCUCAACUGCAUUCUGCCGCACCUUGCCUACUGAGCCCCCGCUUCUUCACAUCAACAAUGCCCGCCCAGGAGAAAAUGUCGGCAAGUGACGCCCGGCAAGCGCAGGCAAGCCCUCCUCAGGAAGAAGAGGACAGAGAGGAAGAUGAAGAAGAGAGAAAAGAGGAAACUGAGGGGGAAGAGGACGAGGCAGAAGAGCCACCCAACGAGGAGGACAAAGAAGAAGAGAACGAAUGUGAUCAGAAAGAGGAUGAAGAAGACGGCGAGGAAGAAAGUGAAAUGAAAGUGGAAGUAGAUGCUGAUGGCAAAAACGGCAAAGCCGAGUAGGCUACUCUUUGCAUGAUACUUGCUAUCACGUGUGGCAUGUACACCCAUUACCAAAGUAUGUCACAUGUACACUCAUUACCAAAGUAUGUCACAUGUACACCCAUUACCAAAGUAUGUCACAUGUACACUCAUUACCAAAGUAUGUCACAUGUACACCCAUUACCAAAGUAUGUGGGAACAAGCAGCAAAAGUAGUCUGCCAGCACCUUCAUGCUAGAUAUAGCCUCACCAAAAUAUGCCUGCAGAGCUGCUAUGAUGGACUCUUGCUGUAUCCUCACUAUGUCUUGCAAUAAUAACUCUUGCUGUAUCCAAGAUUCAACAUUCAAUUCAAGAUGCUUUAGUAUUGUCCAUUCUUUAACAUGUACAAGACACAUAAGAACUGAAAUGACAUUUUGGGCACAGUCCCACUAAGAGCAGACAUACGUUACAAGGGGACAAGACGGGACCGCCAACGGAUCAGCCCCUUACGGCGCUCCUUAAAAAAGGUGGGAAAAAGGUGACAUUGGGAAAGGGGGAAGAGUAAAAAAAAUAUCAGUCUAAGGCUGGACCCUCGGGAGGGGUCCAGACUGAGUCCAAGGAAAAAACCUCACAUAGCAUAGCACACAUAAACAUGAUACAUGUAAUCACAACAACUCGCAACAGAGGGGGGGAUUUGGGGCCCUGGAGGCUGGCUGCCGCUAUAAAGCGCUACUCAGCCGUCCACAACCCCGAAGAGGAAUUGAGCAGUGGUGAAGGCGUUGGUUGAGGAAGGGGCGGGUGCGUGCAUGUAAGCCCAAUUAACUUGGGUGAGAUGUUGAAAUGUUUUUGUGAACUGGGGCCGAUCUCAAAGUUCGACACCAGGUGUUAUUGAAAAAAAGGGAGGUCAAAAGCAUCCAUUGUUGAGGAGUCCUCGGGGGAGUUUUUCAGAACAGCCUGUUCCUGAUAGCGUCAAGGCCAGUCGAGGGAGUCAAAUCGUAGAUUAAGAGGUUGUUUUCUUCGAGCAGUCAAAACAAUGACAUUCCUGCUCUGUGUCCGUGCUGUUCUCUCAUAUUCAAUUUAAUUCUUCCUUCUCAGCAAGCUUCUCCAUGAUGAGAUCCAUUUUGCGAUUCAACUCGGAAAUCGCCACAGUCUGUGUUCCCACAGCCCGACCCAAUCCUUCCAUUGCGAUGAACAGCCGUUGGGCUCCUUAAGUGACUGCCAUCGUCUUCCGAAUUUGACGAUACACCAGAGCAAUGCCCAGCCCAAUCAGCAGGUGCCCCGCGAUCACGCUUCCAAAUAGGUAUGUCUUCCACGUCCUCGAUGGAAAGGACUGAGAGGCACAUGAUUCUCCAUUCAUCCCAGGAGUCUCUCACAUACCCCGCAGCCAUGGUUCCAUCAGGGCAGCCAGGCUCCCCCGAACCUCUUUUCCUUGUCAAAAAGACUUUGUCAAUUGCGUCGAGAGUCCAGCUGAUCAUAUCCAUGUUUGAUGUUUGGAUUUGAGGACAGCGCAAAGAAAGAGGCUUCAAAAAAGUUCAGACAGGACAAGGACACGAAGAAAGCAAGCAGGAAAGGAGGGAGCGGAGAAAAAUGCGACCGCCCUCACCAAGAGGCAAAACAGAAAGAAAACCCCACUAUGUGUUGCAAUAAUAAAGCCUGAAGUCUUGUGCGUUUUUUUGUAAGUAGUUGCAUCCAAUAAAACAUUUCCCUUGUGUCACUCUGACAUACAAAAACGAGGGAAAAAGUGUUUACAAUGUCUUGUUUUCGACUCAUGGUCAACGAAUAUAAUACCUUUGUUAGUAUAUGCUCAGCAACCCGUGGCUCUCGAACCUUUAGCGCCGCCCUAGUGGAUCCCUGGACCUCUUUCUGAGAUGUGUGAAAAUGGAAAAA